AUGGAAAAACAAAAUAACUCCAUGGUGUCUGAGUUUAUUUUGUUGGGACUCACAGAGUCUCAUGAGCUGCAGAUUUUCUUUUUUUUCCUUUUUUUCACCAUCUACACAUCCAUUGUAUUAGGUAACCUCAUCAUUAUCUUUGUAAUAAAAUUGGACCCUCAAUUGCACUCUCCCAUGUAUUUCUUACUGGCUAAUCUCUCCUUUAUUGAUAUGUCCCUGGCAUCCUUUGCUACUCCUAAGAUGAUCUAUGACUUAAUCAGUGACUAUAAGACCAUCUCCUAUGAAGGCUGCAUGACUCAGAUGUUUUUCCUUCACCUUUUAGGUGGAAGUGAAAUGAUGUUGCUUGUAGCUAUGGCAAUUGAUAGAUACAUUGCCAUAUGCAAACCCCUCCAUUACAAAAAUAUUAUGAGCAAUCAUGUUUGCAUUGGACUUGCACUUGUUUCGUGGACUACUGGCUUGGUGCAUACUACAAGCCAAAUGAUUUUCACAGUGACUUUGCCUUUUUGUGGUCCCAAUGUUGUGGAUAGUUUUUUUUGUGACCUGCCCCGGGUGAUCAAACUUGCCUGCACAGACACUUAUGCCUUACAGCUGUUAGUCAUUGCAAACAGUGGACUACUGUCUUUAUUCUGUUUCAUCUUUUUGUUCAUCUCCUAUAGCAUCAUCCUGAUUGCUGUCCAGCAUUACUCCACUAGGGGAUCUUCCAAAGCUUUGUCUACUCUUUCAGCUCACAUUACAGUAGUUGUGUGUUUUUUUGGACCUUGCAUCUUUAUCUAUAUAUGGCCAUUCAGUGGUGUCUCCAUUGAUAAAAUACUUUCUGUUUUUUAUACAAUUUUUACUCCCCUUUUAAAUCCAAUCAUUUACACAUUCAGGAAUAAAGAUAUGAAGAUAGCAUUAAGAAAAAUAAAGACCAAGAAUGUUAGUUCCAUAUCAAUCUUUUAA